CCCGGGCUCCAGCCAAUGAGCCGUCGCCUGGCGGGUGACGCGGGUGGAGUCGGGCUCCGCCGGGGCGCUUCGUUCUUUCGCCCUGGCGCGUCGGGGCGGUGCGGACGGGUCUCUCUGCGGCCGCCGUUUCUCCGAGGCCAUGGCGCUGCGCGACAGCUGACGCUCGUGCUCCUCUCCCCUCCACCCACCGCCCCCGGUCGGGCCUUCCUCCCCUCGGGGCUCCCCAGGAACCCGCCGCCGCCGCCUCCUCCUCCACCCACCGGCACGCGGGGCGCCAUGAAAGUCAUCAUCGGCAUCGGCGGGAUCACCAACGGCGGCAAGACCACACUGACCGGCAGACUCAUGAAGGCACUGCCCAACUGCAGUGUCGUCCAUCAAGACGACUUUUUCAAGCCCCAGGAUGAGAUAGCCAUUGAAGAUGGAUUUAAACAGUAUGAUGUUAUUAGUGCGUUGGAUAUGGAUGCAAUGAUGAGUACCAUCAAUGCUUGGAAGAAGAACCCAGUCAAGUUUGAACGAUCUCAUGGCAUUAACACACUGGAUGCUAGAACUAUAGAGGAUUCCGGGGAGAAGGAUGACAGCCUGCAUAUCCUGAUCGUAGAAGGAUUCUUACUUUACACUUACAGGCCUUUAAUUGAUGUUUUCAACCUCCGGUAUUUUCUUUCCAUUCCCUAUGAAGAAUGCAAGAGGAGAAGAAGUUCAAGGAAUUACACAGUACCAGAUCCCCCCGGUUUGUUUGAUGGUCACGUCUGGCCCAUGUAUUUAAAACACAAGAAAGUGAUGGAAGACCUUGACAUUGAUGUGGUCCAGCUGGAUGGAGCAAAAACACGAGAGGAGCUCUUCAGUGAAGUCUACGGGCAUAUCCAGAACAGCAUAGAAGAGCUGAUGGAGAUGCUGAGUUAAGACGAGCAGCCAAGGCGAUUCCCACGAGAGAGAAGACACUCCUUCAGUAACUUAUUUUUUUUUAAAGUCCAUGCCUGGUUCGGCAAUAAAUUACCAACUUCUGUGAAGAUUUUUCUGUUCUUAAUUAUUGUAUUUCAUGCGGAUGAAAGUCUCGACAACGUGGCCUUGAUUAAAAACCAUCUACCAUCCA